AUGAAAUACACUAAUAUUACAACUAUAAAAGAUUUCAUUAUCACUGGAUUUCCUGGACUUCCACCUGAAUAUUAUGGAGCGGUGUCUGUUCUUCUCCUGCUUGUUUUUUUAGCCAUUGUGGUUGGAAAUGGUUUCAUUUCAGCUGUUAUCAUGUGUGAGAGGUCUCUUCACAAACCAACAUACUUGAUCUUUUUUCACCUGGCAAUGACAGACAUCGCAUUCUGCAUUGUGACUCUUCCAAAAAUCAUUGCCAGAUAUUGGUGGAAUGACAUGAUAUCUUCAUUUGGAGCCUGCUUUACACAGAUGUAUUUUGUCCAUGCUUUGGGAGCUAUUCAUUCUUUAAUUUUGCUGAUUAUGGCUCUGGAUCGAUUUGUCGCCAUCUGGUUUCCCUUUCGUUAUUCUAUUGCGAUUACAAACAAAACAGUAUCUAUUGCUUGUUGCCUGUGCUGGGUUGCAACAUUCAUACGUAUGAUGGGGAUUGUGCUUCAUGCUUCAACUUUGCCCUACUGCAACUUAAAUAUCAUCACGCAGUGCUACUGUGAUCAUCUAUCAAUAACUCAGCUGGGAUGUGGGGAAAAUGUUAAAUAUGUGAAAACUGUUGCACUUAUAAAUGCUAUGGUCAGUCUUCUGGUGCCAUUAGGAUUCAUCAUUUUUUCUUACCUAUCUAUCAUCUUAGCUGUUCUGAAAAUGUCUCACACUGAGAAUCGCCACAAAGUCAUGUCCACCUGUGCUCCUCAGAUUUUUAUUACUUGUCUUUAUUAUGUACCAAGAUGUUUUGUUUAUCUUAGUAAUUAUUUGGGAUUUCGUCUGGGCACUGAUGCCCGCAUUGUUAUUAUCAUGAUGUACAGCCUCAUACCUGCUGUAGUUAAUCCAGUGAUAUACUGCUUCAAAACUAAAGGCAUUAAAGAGGCUUUGAUCCAGAGAUUUAAAAAUAGAAAAGUAAGCAUUGCAAUUCAAAUUGAUCGUAAAUAA